CUCUCUAGGAGGGCGUAGAGCUCCUUGAAUUGUUCCCGGUGGAAAGCCACCAGAGCCUGGGCCUUGAGCAGAGUCUCGUUGCCACGUAGCAGCUCGGACGAAGGAUGGAUGGUGGAAAGAAAUCUCCACAGGCGAUCCACAUUGCCCGCCUGCAGGAGGGCCUCGCACAGACAUGAGACCUGUAUCCGUGUCCGAGCAGUCAGAACGAUGGAUGGUUCAAUAACAGUUAUUUCCAAUCCCUCUGUUAAUGUGCGUCUCACAACCACCAUAUCCUCUUUUGAGGUCCAGCGAAGGUUUGAUCGAGGCACGUGCAUUGCAGAGCUGAAGGGGAAACUGGAGAUGGUGGUCGGUGUGCCUGCCUCCUGCAUGGACCUGGAGUUGUUCAGCACCUCGGACAAAUACUUGCAAAAACUGGAUGACAACAACGCUUUGUUGGGCUCUUAUCCCGUGGAUGAUGACUGCAGAAUACACGUUGUUGAUCGAAGUGGUGGCCAACUGGGAGAGUUCACUGAUGUUACCAAAGUGGAGAAGUUUGUCCUGUCAGAUGACGCAUAUGGAAAGAGAACAGAGACGGCAAGGUCCUUCAUGAAGAAGCAGUGCCUUGGUCGCUACAACCAAGAAGAAAUGGCCAAGAAGAAAGCGGAGAGCAUCGCUCGGGAGGAGGAACAGAAGGUGGCUGCUGAAGCCAUUUCCGUCGGCAGCCGAUGUCAAGUGCACGUCAGCGGGCAGCCCACAAGGCUUGGCACAGUAAUGUAUGUUGGUACAACAGAUUUCAAGCCAGGCUAUUGGGUAGGCGUGAAAUACGACGAGCCACUGGGGAAACACGAUGGCAGUUGUGAAGGGAAGCGCUACUUUGAAUGUGAGAACAAAUACGGAGGCUUUGUGAAGCCACUGAACGUGACCGUGGGAGACUUCCCUGAAGAGGAUUACGGUUUAGAUGAAAUGUAAGACAGAGGAAAAAAAAAAUGUCUACAACAUAUUUUUUUUUGCAUCUUGUGCUUUUUCAAGAGGGCAUGAACUGUUUGAGUUGACAGUAUAAGAAAUCUACAAAAAGGCGGGGUUCCACGUGAGUUCUUUGAGUUGACUGCUUCAGUUGUCUGUUAAAUCAUCUUUGUAAUGUAAAAGUAUACUGUUAGUUCUCAUCCUUUGCUUUAUUACAGUGUGUAUAAAGCAUGUAAUCCGCAUACUGUAUGUGCAAAAGGAAGCUCUUCUUUCCAAAUGUGUGUGUAAAACUACGAAGCUCAUGCCUCCAUGUAGAUAAAUUCUCUAUUUCCUCUUAUUUUUAUAUUAAUUCCUGUCAUUGAAACUGUUUGCAAUUCAGUGUGUUGUGUUUAUAUUGAACCACUGCAAUUGAAGAUCUAAUCAACAAUAUUGUCUCAUUUAACAUAUAAAUACUUCAUCAUAAAGGGUGCUACGGUAUAUUUAGCAGCAAGAGCAGAAAAUAUGGAACGGGUUAAGUGUUGGCCAUUGCAACACUCCUCCUUGUUCCUAAUUUACUGUUACAUUGUUUCUAAAUCUACAGGGUGCUCUCCUCCUACUGUUACAUUGUUUCUAAAUCUACAGGGUGCUCUCCUCCAGAAAAUGUACAAUUAAUCUAAAGACAAUCAUGUACACUUUAUUGUUUGCUCAUCUAAAGAGCGCACUUUUUUAUUAGCAGGUUCAAAGCCUGGUGGUGCCAUCAAAUAGAUGCAAAGCGCCCCAAAAUGUAAUGUAUAAACCAAAAGCCGAUUUGUAUUUCCUGGCUGGCUGGCUGUUCUUGGGAUAUAGAAAAAAAAGACACUGGGUGUUGGAUUUGGGAAUAUAAUAUUGACUACGCAGGGGUGACUACUCCCAGAAGAUCGUUAUGCGUGCAUUUGUUUCAUCAGGCAGGAUUCGACCUAUUCCAAUGGAUGGUUUCAUGAAGAAGUGUCUCUGAAAAGUGCAAAGGGGUGCAAUUUCCUCCUACGUUCAAGUGGAAGAAUUCCUGCUCUGAGUGGUUCCUCGAUUUGUAGUCAUCGGAGGGCUUUCCGCUGCAUCCUGUCAAAUAGUUACAUUUACACAAAAAAAGAGUUGUGU